GAGAAUUUGGCUUCAUUGCCAGCAGCAGGAGGAGGAGCAGUGGAGCAGGUGCACCAAUUUCUGGGUGUCCGUUGCAAGCGAGUCCCUUACAGAGUUCGCGAGCAAGAAACAGAGUGACAGACGAAUGCGGAGCCGUGCGCAAUUUCACGGAAGAGCAGGGCUUUUAUGGGUUGCGAAGCCUAGGUUGUCAAUUCGAAGUCGGGCGUGAUGGCCGGGGGCAGUGGUGCGGAAAUUGAUCAUAUUUUCAAGUUGCUGUUGAUCGGAGAUUCUGGAGUCGGAAAGAGCAGUUUACUCUUGAGGUUUACUGCGGACACAUUUGAUGAUCUUUCGCCUACCAUCGGCGUUGAUUUCAAGCUCAAGUUGCUGACUAUGAGUGGGAAGAGACUGAAACUGACGAUCUGGGACACAGCUGGACAGGAGCGAUUCCGGACUCUCACCAGCUCGUAUUACAGGAGCGCACAGGGUGUCAUUCUAGUUUAUGAUGUCACUAGGCGCGACACAUUCACAGAUUUGUCUGAUGUCUGGCUGAAAGAGGUCGAGCUCUAUUCAACGAAUCCAGACUGUAUAAAGAUGCUUGUCGGCAACAAAGUGGAUAGGGAUGCCGAACGCGUGGUUUCUAAACAAGAGGGAAUAGCGUUUGCUCGUCAGUAUGGAUGUUUGUUUUUAGAGUGCAGUGCGAAGACUCGAGCCAACGUGCAACUAUGCUUUGAAGAACUUGUUCAGAAGAUACUCGACACGCCGAGUUUGAUAGCAGAUACGAAAGCAUUCAAGAAGAAUCUCCUGAGACCCGAUGAACCUUACACUCCGCAAUCUGCCCCUGGAGCUGGUAACUGUACAUGUUGAAAAAUUAUUUUCCCGGAUUGAUUCCCUUGUAGCUGCAUUUGAUUAUGCUUCUACUAGCGGGAGGAGACAAACCAUUUUACACAAAUCUCAUCACCAUACAUUGACUUCACACGAGACGAUCGGCAGGCCUUACAAUCUUUCCGUCAACAUUUUGCUGUAAUUUUAUAUCAUGAAUUGUGAUCUAAACCCAGCAUGUCUUCAGAAGUAUAUACUAGGAAGUCAUCCUGGAUGCUGUAGAGGAAACCAUUAUGUGGGUUCAUGACAGAUCAUUUGUAAAUGAAGGUGAUAAAGUGGACCCUCUCACCUACUUUUCCUCCUUCACUUUGUCACUGCUCUGCUAGAAAUUCUUUGGCACUUAUGAUGAGCUUACCCUGAAUGCAUGUCGAUCAAAUAUGUUACGGACGGGUGUAUAGCCGUACCCUACUGUCUUCUCGCAGUAUCGUCCAAGAAAAAAAUUACAAGAGUCUGGGGUUCACUUCUUCCAUCUCUGGUUGCUAGAAGUGUGUAGGUUUAGAAUUUUGAACAAAUUUUUUUCCGGAGGUUCGAAGCAUUGCUCGCUGUUUAGGAUGUAUAUUGGCCAAAAGGAUAUUCUAGGUUUUACGCUUUGAACGGUCAUCACUCUACAAGGAACUUCAGUUGUAUAUCUCGCGUUCGUGGAUCGUUGAGUAGGAUCCUUUUAUUUCAUGGUUGCACAUAUAGACACGUCCGUCAAAUAUGCUUUCCGUCUCAGAACAAAUCAACAUGUAAUUCUAUUUC